CCGAGUUCUAGAACGGUUAGGCAGUUUCCAGCAGUUUCCCAAAAACUGCUGCGGUUAUUCUUAAUCGUGUUACAACUGCCUAGGACGAUCAAUAUGGAUAUAUAUCACCAUAUUUCGUACAGAGGAUAGAGAGGAUCAAUAUCCAACAUAUCUUCAUCACUUUGGCAUUCAAAUUAAAGAUAACAAUCCAUAUACUCGACUAGUUUGGCUCUAGUUCUUGUGCCUAAGUUCUAGAGUGUCCUUAAGGAUUAUCCUAGAUUGAAUUUCUUGUAACCCAGGCAUAGGGGAGAAAUAUCAAUUCGGAAAGUGAACUUACACGAUCCUUAAGAUAUCCAAGUACUCAAUUAUCACCCCCUACGUGAUAUACCCCAACAAUCGAAUUGAUAUUUCUUUUGUGAUAAUCAUGAGUACCGUGGAAGAGAUGACAUCCAAGUUCAACAAAUUGGACAAGUUUCAAGGGAACGAUUUCCGUAGAUGGCAGAAGAAGAUGCACUUUCUUCUCACCACGUUGAAGGUUGUGUACGUGUUGAGCACUCCCAUGCCGGAGGUGAUGGAAGAUGAAACCUUGGAACAAACUAGGAGGCGCAACAAGUGGGAGAACGAUGACUACAUAUGUAGAGGCCACAUCCUUAACGGUAUGUCCGAUGCGUUAUUUGAUAUUUACCAAAACGUUGAGAGUGCGAAGGAAUUGUGGAAUUCUCUUGAGUCAAAAUACAUCGCCGAGGAUGCUUCUAGUAAGAAGUUCUUGGUGAGUGAUUUUAAUAAUUAUAAAAUGGUUGACUCAAGGCCGGUUAUGGAACAAUACAAUGAACUCCUUCGUGUUCUUGGUCAAUUUAAACUCCACAAGAUAGGUGUUGAUGAGUCCUAUGCCGUGUCGAGUAUAAUUGACAAACUUCCACCCUCUUGGAAGGAUUUUAAACGAUCUUUAAAACAUCAAGAUGAGGAACUGUCCUUGGUUCAACUUGGGAGUCACUUGCGCAUUGAGGAGAAUCUUCGUGUGCAAGAGAAUGACCAAAUUAUGGGUGAAGUUGAAUCUAGAAUGGCUCAUGUUCACUUGGUUGAGGAUAAUAAAUCUAACCCGAAAGAUAAGGGGAAAGGCAAAAAGCGCAAGUAUGAAGACCAUGACAAACCCAACAAGAAACCGAAAGGUUUGGUUUGUUGGAGGUGUCAAAAGGUUGGACAUGUCAAGCGUGAUUGCCGUGUGAAACUGAACAAGAAUGGCGCUGGAACGAGUGGCAGUGGACAGGAACGGUCUAAGGACCUGGUUCCACGGAAAGGAGGUCAGUUCCUGACUAACUUUGAUAAUUCUGUCCAGAAUUAUGUAUCACUCAUUCCAGAAUCUUUUUAUGUACAGGAUGAUGACUGUGCAUGGUGGAUUGACUCGGGGGCUACGAGCCAUGUGUGUAAGGAUAAAGGAUGGUUUGAAGACCUAGAACCAGUGGAGGUCGGUUCCUUAUUACGCAUGGGAGACGAGUCAAUGGUGCCUAUCUUGGGAAAGGGUGUAGUUGUUUUAGAAUUUACUUCUGGGAAAACAAUUACGUUGUUUGAUGUUUUGUAUGUACCGAAGGUUCGAAAGAAUCUUGUUUCGGGAAGUAUGUUGAAUAAUUUAGGGUUCAAACAAGUGAUUGAAUCCGAUAAAUAUAUUCUGUCCAAGGGUGGUGUGUUUGUUGGUUUUGGAUAUUUAUCAAAUCGC